CACUUAGUGGGCGUCCUUACGUCACGUGCUGGUAGAGUUUCCUGGCAGCAUGGCUGAGACAGAACAGCCUGAGCGACCGGCAGCCAAGAAAAAGAACCCAAACAAACAGCAGCCAGUGGAUGAAUCAGAACUUCUUGCUGUCCCUGAUGGCUGGAAAGAGGAGCCCUUCACCAAGGAUGAUAACCCUCGAGGAUUGCUGGAGGAGAGCAGUUUUGCAACCUUAUUCCCAAAGUACCGGGAAGCUUACCUGAAAGAAUGCUGGCCUCUGGUGCAAAAAGCUCUAAGUGCAAGCUUUGUAAAAGCUGAAUUGGAUUUGAUUGAAGGAAGCAUGACUGUCACAACAACCAAGAAGACGUUUGAUCCCUAUGUUAUUGUACGAGCUAGAGACCUCAUAAAGCUGCUAGCCAGAAGUGUCCCAUUUGAGCAGGCAGUGAGAAUUCUCCAGGAUGAUAUGGCUUGUGACAUUAUCAAAAUAGGUUCAUUAGUUCGAAACAGAGAGAGAUUCAUUAAGAGGAGGCAAAGAAUUCUGGGACCAAAGGGAUCGACUUUAAAAGCACUGGAACUUCUAACAAGCUGUUACAUUAUGGUCCAAGGAAACACGGUAUCUGCCAUAGGGCCAUUCAGUGGUUUAAAAGAGGUUAGAAAAGUAGUGCUGGACACAAUGAAGAAUAUUCAUCCAAUAUAUAAUAUCAAGGCGUUAAUGAUUAAGCGAGAGCUGGCCAAAGACCCUGAACUAAGAUCAAAAAGCUGGGAAAGGUUUCUCCCGAAAUUUAAACACAAGAAUGUUAGCAAGAGGAAAGAACCGAAAAACAAAAAUAUCAAGAAAGAAUAUACACCAUUCCCACCUCCUCAGCCGGAAAGUCAGAUUGAUAAAGAACUGGCGAGUGGGGAGUUCUUCCUGAAGGAGAGCCAGAAGAGGCGUAAGAAACUAGAAGAAAUUAAGGUAAAACAGGCUGAAGCAGUCUCAAAGAGACAAGAAGAAAGAAACAAGGCUUUUAUCCCACCUAAGGAGAAACCCAUGGCCAAGCCAAAGAAAGCUUCUACAUCUAACAAAAUUGAUGUGAAUGCCAUUAAGGAGAAAGUAAAGAAGGCAAAGGACAAGAAGCUCGGUGCUCUUCCAGAAGAGGAGGUAAAGCAGAAACUGGCCAUAGCUGGGAAGAAAAAGAAGAAAUAACAUGGCUUUACACUCUUCAUAAACUUGUUUGAAUCAUGAGGCUUCAACAUCGGAGAUAUUUGGCAUUUCCUUUUUGUGAAGAUUCUAUUCAUUCCUUGUAAGAAGUUGUGCAGUGAGAAAUGCCUGACCCACUCUUCAUUUUAUACAGGCCAUAUCCUUUAUUACCCAACUAUUUAUUUCAAAUGCCUUUUGUAAACCCCAGAAAACAAGUGAAUUCUUUAGUACAAGUGGUCAGAAAUAACGUUGUCUCAAAAUCAAUCCCAUGGGGUUUAUUGACAAAAAAAAAUAAAGAUUAGAAAUGCUACAUUUUAGCUGAGCUGGAGAUUUUUUUUUUUUCCAGUUUGGCUAUGUUGGAGUAAAAUGUGCAGUUUCCUUGUGAAUGAUUCAUACUUUACAGUUUAUUGAAUAUAUAUCACAGUGUUCCUUCAUUGACACGUCAUAUUCCUACAGUCGUUCAUGCUCAUGCAAUAAUUUUCCUUGUAAUUACAUUACGCUGUAAUAAGUUUGAUUGUUGGUUUUGUUUCCUUU